AUGCAGCCCCCGACAUGCACCUUGAUGCACGUCCGUACCCCGCUCGAUGCGCACCUCAUCUUCCACGCCGUGCAUGAGGGGAUCUUCCCGAUGAUCACCAAGCGUCUGGACGGCAUGGAACGUCGCGGUCUCAGGUCCGGCCAUGUCUUCGUUUGGCAGGGCGACGACAUUAAACCCCGAUCCAAGGUUGGUAUUGAACGAUGGACGGACGGCCGGUCAUGGGGUCCAUCCAGGACAAAAGACGAUUUCCUAUUUUACAAAGAGAGGGAAUCCAUAAUCGAGGCCUCCUUCGCCGAGGACGCAAUUGGGCUGCGCGUCAACACCCGCGAACGGCUCAUCAAACAAACGUACUCCGCCUAUGUCGUGACCCGAGAUGGGCGCCGCAAGUGGCACAUGAUUGCAUACACUUCCGACGGUUCGCUGCAUGGAUUGAAAACGGUCCAAGACUUCCCUGAACUGCGCGGGCUCCGCGUCCCCCCUGGCAAAUACACCCGCGCCCGCCUGCCAAAGGGCCCACGUUCGCGCCACGCGCCUUCCGAGCCCGGGCCAGCGCCCCCGCCCGUCUGGCCGCCCUUCUCCGACCCUCACUACUCCCCGCCGCCUUACCACCACCACCCGAACUCUUUCAGCUACCCCUCCCCGCACGGCUACCCGGCGGUGGUGCCCAUCCCGUCCCCGCCGUCCUCGACCGAGUCGACGCCGAGCCCGUACCCGCCGAGCAGGGAUCUCCCCCCUCCCGCCAGUUGGCGCCGCUCACCGCCGAUGUCCGCGGCCACAUUUGGCCUGCCUCACCCGCUUCCGCUUCCGCUCGCCUGGCACGAGCCGCCCAAGAACGCGCGUAACGACCACCGGCUCCCGCCCCUAGAGGACGACACGCUCGUCCAGCCCCACGUGCGCCGCCAUCCGCUCGAUGAGCGCGCGCUCAUGUCCUUUCCGCUCGCUAUGACGUGA